AUGGCAUCUUCAUCUUCCUCUCAUUCUUCGACCCCUAAUAUUGCUACUCUUGUCUCCAUCAAGCUCAAUGAAACCAAUUAUCUUCUAUGGGAAAGCCAAGUUAAACCUUUUCUAAUUGGCCAAAAUCUUUGGCGUUUUGUUGAUGGCUCUCAUCUUUGUCCUGCAGCCACCAUUCCUGAUCCUACGUCUAAAACUACUGAUGCGACGCCUGCCACUCUCCCCAAUCCUGCCUACAUCUCGUGGUAUCAAACCGAUCAAUCUCUCAUCAGUCAGCUUCGUGCCACUCUUUCAGAAUCUGUUCUUUCUCAAGUUGUUGGUCUUGACACCUCCCAGGCUAUUUGGGACUCUUUGGCCCGAAAUUUCUCUCAAUACUCUGUUGCCAACUCUGCUCAGUUGAAGAUGCGCCUCAUGUCCAUCACCAAAGGCUCCCAGACUAUCUCUGAAUAUCUCAAUCUUGCCAAAGCACUUGCUGAUCAACUUGCUGCCAUUCAAGACCCCGUCUCUCCUACUGACUUGGUUACGUAUGUUCUUCGCGGCUUGGGCCCUGACUAUAGCACUCUUGUCACUGCUACUCUCUUCUUCCCACCUCUUCCUUCCUUCCCGGAUCUUCGCACUCGUCUGCUCUCUUUCGAAGCUCAACAAGCCAUGACCGCUCAAUUGUUCUCGCCUCCUCAACCCUCUGCUUUUGUUGCAUCUCAGCGGCUUCCUAGUUCUUCUCGUGGCUCCACUCCUCGUCGCUCCACCAAUUUUCGGUCUUCUCAUCCGCGUGGGUCCCAAUUUGCUGCCCCUCACCGGCCUCCUACCUAUCGCUCUUCAUCCACCGCUGCCAAUGGUAUUUUGGGUACUGCCCCAUUCUCUCGUGCGCCUCGUCAAUGUUGGACUUGCCAACAGUUUGGUCAUCUUGCUGCUCAAUGUCCCCAAAAUACGGAUUUGUCGCGCACCUUUGCUGGCCUCCAUGUCAAUCACCCCACCGAUUCCGCUUGGUACAUGGAUUCCGGCGCCACCAAUCAUAUGACUCAUGCCCCUCCCUCUAUUUCCUCCAGUGCUUCUUCUGACCACGUUGUUGUUGGUAAUGGUGCCUCUCUUCCUGUUACUCAAUCCGAUAACAUAUCCUUCUCUUCUGGUAAUUUUGUUUUCCGUCUCUCUGACGUUCUUCAUGUUCCUUCCCUCUCUAAAAAUCUUAUGUCUGUUGCUCAACUCACUCGAGAUCUUCUUGUAUAUAUUACUUUUUAUCCUUGGGGUUAUCGUAUUUGUGACUUACACUUAGGAAAAAUUCUUUUUCAGGGCCAAUGUAAAGAUGGUCUAUAUCCUGUCCUUCCAUAUCCUGUUUCAUCUCUUGGGUCCCAGCAUGCUCUCGUCUCCGCUGUCAAUUCCUCUUCCGUUUGGCAUCGUCGUCUUGGACAUCCUUCUGAUCGUGUUCUUGGCACUCUUGUCACUCAAUCAUUAUUAGGAUCUAGUUUUUCUUUGAAAUCAAAUAAAUGUACUCGUUGUGCACUUGCUAAAUCUACUCGUCUUUCUUUUCUGUCUCAUGAUCAUUGGUCCCAUGCUCCUUUUGAGUUAAUACACUCUGAUGUUUGGAUGUCUCCUGUUGUUUCUGUCUUUGGAUUUCGGUAUUAUGUUCUGUUUACGGAUGAUUACACUCGUUACACGUGGCUUUUUCCUAUGCGUCAGAAAUCAGAAGUUUUCUCCCAUUUCUCUACCUUUGUGACUUAUGUGCACACCCAAUUUUCAUCUCCUGUUAAACAAUUUCAAAGUGAUGGUGGCAAAGAAUUUGAUAAUUUGCAAUUCAAAAUUUUUUGUUCUCAACAGGGCAUUAUCCACAGGUUCUCUUGUCCUCAUACCCCACAACAAAAUGGCCUUGCCGAAAGAAAACAUCGUCAUAUUGCUGACAUGGGUCGCACUCUCCUUCAGACAUCCCAAGUCCCUCUUAACCUAUGGGUUGAAGCUUUUUGUACCGCUGUCCAUUUAAUCAAUCGCCUUCCCACUCCAACCCUUAAAUGGGUCUCUCCAUUUUUUAAACCAUAUGGCAAACACCCUGAUUACUCCCUCCUUCGUACAUUCGGUUGUACUUGUUUUCCCUACCUUGGGGAUUAUGUUUCUAACAAAUUACAACCUUGUUCUUUGACUUGUAUUUUUGUAGGUUAUCAUGAUCACUAUCGUGGCUACAGGUGUCUUCAUCUUCCCACAGGCCGCCUAUACACGUCUCGUCAUGUUGUGUUUCAUGAAGAAUCCUUUCCUUGUGCUGUUUCCUCAUCUUCCCAGCCAAUAACUCCAGACAUUGCCUUUGUUCCUGUUGGGCCUCCAUCACUCCCUCUUAUUUCUGACGGGCCUUCAUCACACCCUGCCCAGCCUGGCCCAAACUUGCCCCCACUGCCUACACCAAUUAAUCCGGUUCAGCAAGUCGCUAUGUCUCCAGCGCCUUCUCUCUCUGAAGCCGCAUCACCUACGACAUCUCCAGUGCCCUCGUCUCCAGCACCUUCUCUCUCUGCAGACCCGUCUUCAGCCAUGUCACCUCCUCCAUCGCCCAGCCCAAUCCUGCCUUCUCCUGCCCCCAUGGGUCGCACCACCACCCCAGCUGUGGCUCCACUACCUCCAUUGCCGCUCUCCGGCGUGUCGAUCUCAUCUUCCGUACCAGAGCCACCUCCUCCUCCUCUUGGUCGCUCCAGUCCAAUUCAAACUCGUUCUCGCUCUGGCAUCUUCAAACCAAAUCCGAAAUUUCAGUCCAACUUUUGCGCUCGCUACCCCAUUCCGCAUGCCCUCAUGGCCUCUGUUGACUCAGAAAUUGAACCCACUUGCUACACAGAGGCGUCCAAGUCUUCACACUGGGGGCAAGCCAUGCUUGAUGAGUUCAAUGCCCUUCUUCGCCAAGGCACAUGGUCUCUUGUACCAUCUUCUCCUCAUCACAACACGGUUGGCUGCAAAUGGGUAUUCAAAAUCAAACGUCGCUCCGAUGGAUCGCUCGAACGGUAUAAAGCACGUCUUGUUGCCAAAGGAUUCCAACAGCAAUCCGGGAUCGAUUAUUUUGACACGUUCAGCCCGGUGGUCAAGCCGACCACUAUUCGCACUGUUCUGAGCAUUGCGGUUUCUUGUGGUUGGGGGAUUCGUCAACUUGAUAUUAAAAAUGCUUUCUUGCACGGUUAUCUCUCUGAGGCAGUUUUUAUGCAACAACCACCUGGCUUCAUUGAUCCUCAACGACCCACUCAUGUCUGCAAACUCCAUAAGGCCAUUUAUGGUCUUAAGCAAGCUCCCCGCGCUUGGUUUCAGAGGUUUGGUAACUUUCUCCUUCAAGCUGGUUUUAUUCAAAGUCGUUCUGAUUCCUCCUUGUUUGUGUAUCGGGAUGGCCUGUCUAUAAUGAUUUUGCUUCUCUACGUUGAUGAUAUUAUGCUCACUGGCAAUACACCCUCUCACCUCUCUGUUUUUAUCCAUGCUCUUGGUAUUGAAUUUAAGGUUACUGAUCUUGGCACACUCAAUUACUUCCUUGGCAUUGAAGUCUCCCAUUUGAAGGAUUCUAUACACCUCACCCAAAACAAAUAUACUCUUGAUCUUCUCCGGAAAAGCAACCUUCUCGAGUGUAAACCUGUCUCCACUCCCAUGGCCUCCCGCACAUCUGCUUCUCGCACUGAUGGGUCUCCCCUUGCUGAUCCAACUCCUUAUCGCCAACUCGUGGGUGCUCUUCAGUAUCUCAUCAUCACUCGCCCAGAUAUCACCUAUGCUGUCCAACAUGUUUCUCAAUUCAUGAGUUCUCCCAAUGAUACACAUUUGGAAGCUGUAAAACGCAUCCUUCGCUACCUCAAAGGAACUCUUUGUCAUGGCCUCUCUCUUUGCCGCUCCCCUGAUCCUUCCCUUCUAAUUGCCUACUCGGAUGCUGAUUGGGCAGGGUGUCCCGACACCCGUCGAUCAACUACAGGGUAUUGUAUUUUUUUGGGACCCAAUCUUAUUUCUUGGAGUGCUAAGAAACAGCGCACAGUUUCUCGCUCUAGUGCCGAAGCGGAGUACCGUGAGCUAGCCUAUGCAUGUGCUGAUACUAUUUGGAUCCAAGGCCUUUUACGUGAGCUUCGGUACCCUCUCCCUCAACCAGUAAUUCUUAAUUGUGACAACCUUUCUGCUACUUACAUGGCUGCUAAUCUGGUCUUUCAUUCUCGCACUAAACAUAUUGGCCUCGACUAUCACUUUGUUCGUGAGCGCAUUGCCAGUGGCAGUCACCAAGUUAAAUUUAUUCCCUCUACACAUCAACUGGCUGACGUCUUUACCAAAGGCUUACCAACAGACCGGUUCCAUCGUCUUGUUUCCAACCUUGUCACCUCCCCGGCGUCAAGGUUGCGGGGGAAUGUUAGGGAGUUACACCAGUAA